CCAAUAUAUAGAUGAGAUUUGAAGACUUGUGAUAUUGUUCGGGAGCGCACGCAAACUUUCAAGAACCAUAUUCUUUCGUUGUGAAUGAGAUAUUCGGAUAUCACAAAAUUAUAUUAGACUCAUUGAAGGAAGGACGGCAAUGUCAGUGGUAUUGAAAUACUCGAAGGAUAAGGGUGGAUCAGGGUUGUUCUUCAGUGGGUCAUUUAACAAAAAUCAGAAUUGAAGUAAGAUACUGCAUUUAAAAUUUUGAUAUUGAAUAAUCAUGAUGGGCGAAGCUAUGCCUGCACUUGUACUAAAAUCAUCAGACGAUUUGAGAAGGUGGUACCAACUACAGAUAGAGAGGGGAUCUCGCGACAAAGACUCACAAAGAGAUGUACUUAGACAAAUUCGGCAGCAAGUUUUACUACAACCACUGCCGGAGGAGGACCACAGUAAUGGUGGACAAUACUGUACUCUCCGCGGACAGCUAUGGAAAAUACUGCUCCAAGUGGAGACCAUCUCAGGCGACGAAUAUGCCUCGUUGGUGUCCAAGGGACGUUCCCAAGUCCAUGAUAAGAUAAAGAACGACGUGUUCCGCACUUUUAAAAACGACACCGAAUUUAGACAGCGCGUGGACGAAAACCAAAUUACAAGAGGUUUAAAUGCCCUUGCGCAUAAGAUGGUGGAAGAUAAGACCCAUACAAGGAUAUCGUACGUCCAGGGCAUGAACGUAUUGUUGGCCCCUUUCCUCUAUGUCAUGCCUGAGCUGGAUGCCUUCUAUUGCUUCCACCGGCUUUUACACAGACAUAUACCCAGCUACGUAGAUACCAAUUGCACAGGAGUACACACAGCUCUUCAGCUAUUCACAGAGUGCCUCAAACACUGCGAUGCUGAUCUGUACGCAAAGCUGAGAACCAUUCCCGUCGAGUCAUAUGCCUUCUCCCCGAUCAUGUCGUUACUGGCUGGUUCCCCGCCACUGUCGGAGGUCCUCAGAUUAUGGGACUUUAUGUUCGCGUUUGGAGCGCACCUCAACGUCAUAUGUGUACUCGCACAAGUGAUUGGCUUAAGAGAUGCGAUCCUGGCAGAAAAAAGCCCAGCCAAUUUGCUCCGGAAGUUACCACCUCUCGAUUCUCAUGCCAUCAUCACGACCGCUACACUCCUGGCGAGAGAGCUCCCAGACGGAUUGUACCUUAAACUAACUACCCACGCGCGCAUGUCGCACUCGCAACCGCAAAUGCGGGCGCAAAUACACACCGAGGUCCACGCACGCCCACCGCAAUCAGGUCAGGUGCUUUAUAAUGGUGCACAUACUCAGGCACACAGCGGUACUGCAGAACACGGGGUAGGCAGUAGUACGGAUGUAGAAUCACUACAAGCAACCAGACCGCAUGUAUCCAAAACACUGUCACAGAGUCGCAUAGACACACCUCUGGUCGAUGUCAGGACAUCACAUUCAGAGGAGCACAUUGUUCAGGUGGGUGAUGGUAUAUCGCAGCAAGAUAUGUUCACACAAACAAAGGGGUUCGUACAUCAACCGCUCGAAGGCGACGGGCGUACGCCCCGGGGAUUGAGCGUGGUAGCGGUUGGUUUCUAG